UCGUAUUAAACGAGACGUCUGUUCGUAGAUCAUCCUAUUUGUUUAGGAUGAAAAAACGACAAAAUAUCUUUUACUCCUUGAAAAACCGUGCACAAAAACGUCUCCGUGCACAUUUCUGUCUUUUUGCCGUGCACCUUUCUGUAAUCGUCCACAAAAAUGUCAAAAGAUUUUUUAGUGCACGGAAAAUAGCAAACCGUGCACAAAAAACAUUUUUCCCAUUGAGACUGUCACUUAAUUUUUUAUUUUUAGUUACUUUUAAUAAUUAUGAAUGCCGAUAAUGGAAAUCAUGAUUCUGGCUAUUUUAGUCCGAGUCCAGAUUGUGAAUUAUUAUCUACAAUAUCAUCAAUCAGACAAAUCAAAAAAAAUUUCAAUCAGUCCAAAAUCUGCGAUGAUAGACUAAAGAAGAGUGGGGAUGAAAUAGUUAAUGAAAAAGAGAAACCAAAUGAAUCGUAUGUUGCACUUAUUGCUCGUGCUAUAUUAGCCAGUCCUGAGAGACGUCUAUUAUUAAACGAUAUUUAUGACUGGAUAAUCGAAAAAUAUCCUUAUUAUGGAAAAUUGACGGGAAAAGCUUGGAGAAAUUCAAUCAGACACAAUCUCAGUCUCAACGAAUGUUUUAUACGAAUGAACAAAGCAGAAAACGGUCGAGGUUGUUAUUGGGGCAUACAUCCAGCCAAUCUUGAUACAUUUGAACAUGGUGAUUUUCGUCGACGUCAAGCUCGAUUACGUGCAAAACGUUCGGUUGUCGAGUUAACAAAAUAUUCAAAUGAUACAUCAUUUAUAUUAGAGCAACAACACUAUUUAACACCAACAAUCGACUACUUAAAUUCGCCAACGUCGUAUUUAAGCUAUAGUACACUUUAUAAUUCAAAUCAAUCACUAACAACGAAAGAAACGGACAGACCAAUAUCCUAUCAACAAGAUUCAUCCUUUUUAAAUAAUCCAUUUACAAAUACAUCAUAUUCAUUUUUAUAG